UACUGUAGCAAAUUGGCUCAAAUUAAGAUCCUACAACUGUAUGAGUGCCCGGCAGCUGGUCCUGAGGCAGAGAGCGGAGCUGCUGCAUGCCCUGUGCUGUGGUGGCUCUUCUGAGGGUCUGGACAGUGUAUUGGACAUACUCCUGUCCUGGGGCAUGCUGUUCUGGGAGGACUACCAGAAUGUACGGGUACCAGGCCGGGCUUUGUGUGCCAACACCAGGGAGCUACUAGAUCUGGUGUACACCAAGGGAGAUGAAGCCUGUCGGCUGCUCCUGGCUGCUUUCAAACAGGUAAGAUACAGUGAUGGAAAAACGUAUUUGAUCCCCUGCUGAUUUUGUACAUUUGCCCACUGACAAAGAAAUGAUCAGUCUAUAAUUUUAAUGGUAGGUUUAUUUGAACAGUGAGAGACAGAAUAACAACAACAAAAAUCCAGAAAAACGCAUGUAAAAUGUUUUAUAAAUUGAUUUGCAUUUUAAUGAGGGAAAUAAGUAUUUGACCCCCUCUCAAUCAGAAUGAUUUCUGGCUCCCAGGUGUCUUUUAUACAGGUAACGAGCUGAGAUUAGGAGCACACUCUUAAAGGGAGUGCUCCUAAUCUCAGCUUGUUACCUGUAUAAAAGACACCUGUCCACAGAAGCAAUCAAUCAAUCAUAUUCCAAACUCUCCACCAUGGCCAAGACCAAAGAGCUCUCCAAGGAUGUCAGGGACAAGAUUGUAGACCUACACAAGGCUGGAAUGGGCUACAAGACCAUUGCCAAGCAGCUUGGUGAGAAGGUGACAACAGUUGGUGCGAUUAUUCGCAAAUGGAAGAAACACAAAAUAACUGUCAAUCUCCCUCGGCCUGGGGCUCCAUGCAAGAUCACACCUUGUGGAGUUGCAAUGAUCAUGAUAACGGUGAGGAAUCAGCCCAGAACUACACGGGAGGAUCUUGUCAAUGAUCUCAAGGCAGCUGGGACCAUAGUCACCAAGAAAACAAUUGGUAACACACUACGCCGUGAAGGACUGAAAUCCUGCAGUGCCCGCAAGGUCCACCUGCUCAAGAAAGCACAUAUACAGGGCCGUCUGAGGUUUGCCAAUGAACAUCUCAAUGAUUCAGUGGAGAACUGGGUGAAAGUGUUGUGGUCAGAUGAGACCAAAAUCGAGCUCUUUGGCAACAACUCAACUCGCCGUGUUUGGAGGAGGAGGAAUGCUGCCUAUGACCCCAAGAACACCAUCCCCACCGUCAAACAUGGAGGUGGAAACAUUAUGCUUUGGGGGUGUUUUUCUGCUAAGGGGACAGGACAACUUCACCGCAUCAAAGGGACGAUGGACGGGGCCAUGUACCGUCAAAUCUUGGGUGAGAAUCGCCUUCCCUCAGCCAGGGCAUUGAAAAUGGGUCGUAGAUGGGUAUUCCAGCAUGACAAUGACCCAAAACACACGGCCAAGGCAACAAAGGAGUGGCUCAAGAAGAAGCACAUUAAGGUCCUGGAGUGGCCUAGCCAGUCUCCAGACCUUAAUCCCAUAGAAAAUCUGUGGAGGGAGCUGAAGGUUCGAGUUGCCAAACGUCAGCCUCGAAACCUUAAUGACUUGGAGAAGAUCUGCAAAGAGGAGUGGAACAAAAUCCCUCCUGAGAUGUGUGCAAACCUGGUGGCCAACUACAAGAAACGUCUGACCUCUGUGAUUGCCAACAAGGGUUUUGCCACCAAGUACUAAGUCAUGUUUUGGAGAGGGGUCAAAUACUUAUUUCCCUCAUUAAAAUGCAAAUCAAUUUAUAACAUUUUUGACAUGCGUUUUUCUGGAUUUUUUUGUUGUUAUUCUGUCUCUCACUGUUCAAAUAAACCUACCAUUAAAAUUAUAGACUGAUCAUGUCUGUCAGUGGGCAAACGUACAAAAUCAGCAGGGGAUCAAAUAGGAUAGAAGGAUUACUCUUCACAGGUGAUGCCGUUCUAAAGGAUGUAUGAGCAUGUUUUGAACUUACUCAUUACUGAUGUAUGUACAAAACAUUAGGAACACCUUCCUAAUAUUGAGUUGCACCCCCGUUUGCCCUCAGAACAGCAUCAAUUCGUUGGGGCAUGGACUCUACAAGGUGUCGAAAGCGUUCCACAGGGAUGCUGGUCCACGUUGACUCCAAUGCUUCCCACAGUCCUUUGGGUGGUGGACCAUUCUUGAUACACACGGGAAACUGUUGAGCGUGAAAAGCAGUGUUGCAGUUCUUGACACACUCAAACCGGUGCGCCUGGCACCUACUACCAUACCCCGUUCAAAGGCACUUAAAUCUUUUGUCUUGCCCAUUCACCCUCUGAAUGGCACACACAUACCCAAUCCAUGUCUCUAUUAUCUCAAGGCUUAACAAUAAUUAUUUAACCUGCCUCCUCCCCUUCAUCUACACUGAUUUGAAGUGGAUUUAACAAGUGGCAUCAAUAAGAGAUCAUAGCUUCACCUGGAUUCACCUGGUCAGUCUAUGUCAUGGAAAGAGCAGGUGUUCUUAAUAAAUGUAUAUCUUGUCUUGUUAAAAAAGCCACUAGGCAAAAAUGUUUAGAUAUACAAAUCAAAUAGUUGCCAUGUCCCAAAGAUACAGAUCAUUAAAUUGUAUUAUUGUUUUUCUUGCUUUCAACCAGGUCCUCCCUGAGGCCCAAAGAGCUGGCCUCUCUUUUGGAAACGGUUGUACUGCGGAUCUAGAUGAUACAAGAGAAGAUACAAAAGAACUCCAUGGUACAGCUAUCCAGACCCUCCAGACAGACAGGCCUGGUCUGGUGAGGAAGCUAAGGGACCGUAUUGAAGGAGCUCUGGAGGUCCUGCUGGAUACUGGCAGCUUUACGCCAUCUGAUUGCGAUGAAGUGCAGCUACCUGUGUACACCCCCUCACAACAGGUAACCAACCGCACCCUGAGAGCAGUAUAAGAGCUUUAUUUAGCUCUACAUGCCUGGUAUGAUGUAGAGUACAAUGAAUUACACAACUUCCCUGUCCCUCUUGGAAUUAACUUUGAAUCCAAACAGGUCAUGCUGUCCUUAGACAUUUAUGUAAUUAGACAUGUUAUUUAGGUUCAGAUAGUAGGGGUGACUAUGAAUUAACUGACUUCUUUGUCAUGUAGGCAAGACGUCUACUGGACCAGGUCAGAUCGAAGGGGGAGCUUGCAGCAAAGGUCCUACUGCAAUACUUUCAGCAAACAGAGGACCAUCCUUCACCAUCUAACCAAGAGGCUCCUUCCAAAGGUACUGUAUUAUAUCACAAAGCACUAAAAGUCACACAGCUACUUGCAAGUCAUUUGCAUACAGCACUAACACAUAGAUGUUACACUAAUACUUGUUAGAUAUUGUAUCGUUUGCUAUGAUGUCCUGUGUAUUUCAAAUGUUCUUAUUAUUUGUGUGCUGCUGCAGAGUGCUUGUCCUAUCAGAAGAAGCUGCGCAGCACUGUGUCGGCCCAGUCCCAUUUCCUCAGCACAUAUGGAGGAACCAGCAGUCUGUCUCUAGAAGACAUCUACACAGAGGGUCAGCUGGAGCUUGCCCAGGGUGGCAGUGAGGCCCAGCCCCAGACUGGUGCUCUGGGGCUGGAGGAUGUGGUGGGCCUGGUGGGCACCCUGAACCAGGAGGCUGACACCGUGCUAGUCUCCGGGGAGGCAGGCAGUGGGAAGAGCACCCUUCUCCAGAGGUUGCACCUCCUCUGGGCCAGGGGGGAGGCUCUACAUGACUUCUUCCUCCUCUUCCCCUUCAGCUGCCGCAGGCUGAGCUCGGAGCAGAGGGAGUUGUCUCUCAGAGAGCUGCUGUUCCUGCACUGCUGCUGGCCGGACGGGGACCAGGACCGAAUCUUCCAGUUCAUCCAGGACCAUCCGCACCUCAUCCUCUUCACCUUCGACGGCCUGGACGAGCUCAAGCAGAGCUUCUCGGACUCAGAGCAGAGGCACUGCUGCCCCACCCAGUGUGCCCCCAUCCCCACCCUGCUCUUCAACCUGCUGCAGGGAUCCCUCAUGAAGGGGGUGAGGAAGGUAUGUUUUUAUGUGCAAUGUAUGUAUUGUGAAUGUGUCGACUGGGUAAUGCAUAGUGUUUAUAGACAAUUUUCCCCUCAGGGACAAUAAAGUUCAUCCUUAUCCUAAGGUGGUGACCAGCCGGCCGGAGGCGGUGGGUCCCGCCCUGAAGAGGUACCUUCGCAAGGAAGUCCUCUUGAAAGGCUUCUCGCCUGGUGGGAUCGACUGCUUCGUGAGGAAGCAUCAUCGCGACCCGACUAUGGCCACGGCAGUCCUGGAGUCUCUACAAAGCAACACAGCUCUACUGGGCCUGUGUCACAUCCCGGUUUUCUGCUGGAUUGUGUCCAAGUGUUAUAAGGAGCUGCUGGGCUUUGGAGAGGGAGACUGCAGUCCCCAGACCAUCACAGAUGUUUACCUCAUGAUCCUGCAGCACUUCUUCCAGCGCCGGGCCUUUCAGAGGAAUCCCCUGGGGAUAGGCUGGGUGCAAGAGCACCAGGAUACGGCCCUGCAUCUGGGGAAGCUAGCCAUGGAGGGCCUGGGGGCCUCUUGUUACGUCUUCACAGGCACAGAGCUUCAGAAGUGUGGGGUGACCGAGGAAGAUAUCUGCAUGGGGUUCCUCCUCCAUAGUAAAGACCUCUCCUCCUCCACUAACUGCAAACACUAUGAGUUCCUGCACGUUACCAUGCAGUGCUUCUUUGCUGCUCUCUACAUUGUCCUGAACAAUAACUCGGACCGCUCCACCAUCCCUAAGCUCUUUCUGCCCCAGGACAGGCAGCAACAGCCAGGCUUACACAGGGCUUGUCUGGGGCACUGCUUGACCCAGCAAAAAGGGGCCUUGAAGGUGGCCGCUACGGCAGCAGAGACCCCCAACCUCCAGAUAACAGCCACCUUUGUGUCUGGGCUCUUGUCUCAUCGCCACCGUAGCCUGCUGCUCCUCUCCUGCCCUGGGCCCACUCUGGACAGGAAGUCCAAGCAGGUGUUGACGUGCAUGUCCAAAGGCAUGCAGAAGCACUUUAAAUCCAUCCCUCGGCCCGUGGAGGGGGAGAAGAAAAGCAUGCACGCCAUGCCAGGCUUCGUGUGGCUCAUCAAGUGCAUCCAUGAGAUGCAGGACAGCAGGAUCGCCAGAGACACUAUGGCUAAGCUAGAGGUAGAACACCUGAAGCUGACCUAUUGUAACAUAGGCCCUGUGGAGUGUACUGCACUGGCCUACGUGCUCCAACACCUUAGGAACCCUGUGGGGCUUCAGCUAGACUACAACUACGUAGGAGACGUCGGGGUGGAGCAGCUGCUGCCUUGCCUGCAUGUCUGCCACUCUCUAUAGUACGUAUGGAAAGCUUUACCAUUCUAUUCACUAUGACACUCACUAUGGCAUUAUUUUAGCUUGUGCCAGUAACAAAACACACAGGACACUAAACUUAGGCCUAAUAAUAAGACUAUUUUUAUUUCACUCCCUCAGCCUGAGACACAAUAACAUAUCAGAUGAGGGAAUCCGUAAAUUGAUUGAAAAAGGCAUCCAGUGUGAGCGCUUUCAGAAGAUUGCGUGAGUAUGGCCAAAUCUUCCACUGUCAGGUGACCUAUAGCUAGGCUAUGGUGGGUGUAAAUGUUCUAUGUCAAAUAUGCAGAUGUAAAAAAAACAACAACUGAUGAAUGACCUUCAUUGAUCUUGAUUAAUGUCUCUGAAAGGCUCUUCAACAACAAGCUAACUGAUGCCUGCACAGAGUACUUCGCUCACCUCCUGAAGAUGAAGCAGAAUUUUCUCUCUCUAAGGUGAGGAUAUUUUUCAACUCUCAACUUAUAAGAUACUGUAAAAUGUUACCUAACGCAGCAAUAGCUAAAUACCAUAUUCAGUCAAACUUUCUCUGACUUUGCAUUGCAGGCUGGGAAACAAUAACAUCACAGCAGCAGGGGCAGGGCAACUGGCGGAGGGACUGAGGUUCAAUCGGUCACUACAGUUCUUGGGGUAGGAAGCAGACUACCCUAUCUCUCCGAGAAUGCCAAAGUUGUUUUUAUGCCUAUCACAAUGCUGUAAUAAUAUAUCUGGUUGACAAUUUUAAUCCUCUCUUCGUUUUUUAGGCUUUGGGGAAAUAAAAUAGGUGAUAAAGGUGCGGAGGCCAUUGCCAAUGCUCUAAAGGACAGCCAAACCUUGGUGUGGCUCAGGUAAUGUUAGACUGAUGAUAGGUUGAAACAUGAACAUUACUAACACAUUCAUACUUUCAUGGGCAACUAUAUGUCCAGACAGCCCUGUUAUCAUUAAAAAAACUUCAAAGUAGGGAUACAUCUUACUGUCAGAUUUGUUUCAUGGCAGCCUGGUAGACAAUGGUGUUGGCAGUGCAGGAGCAUGUGCCCUUGCCCCACUCAUCAAGAACAGUACGCUAUCGGUGCUGUGGUGAGUAUAUUGAUAGCACAUCCUGAAUACUGAAAAAUACUUUGCAGCUACCCAUGUUCCAUUUUGCCUCAACUGACAUUUUGAAAGUUGUGGUUGUGCUAAACAUUUGUGAUUGUGCUAAACACAUCUUUCACUCUGCUCUCUCAUGCCCUCCACAGGUUAACCAAAAACUGCAUCACAAGAUCAGGUGUGGAGUGUCUAAUACUGGCUCUUGAAAGCAACACUAGUGUGAAGGCAGUGUGGUAUGUUAACAUUAUGCUUUGAUCAUUAAGACAGUUUUAUACUGGCUGAGAAAUGUAAUUUACGAAGUGUUACUUCCUAUACAUACAGUACAGUAUGCUGUAGUCUCCUAUGCCUCCCCAUAUCUCCCCAUACAUGUGAAGAUGCAUCGAGGGUGAAGAUUGGAUCUCUAAUCUCUAAGAAUUAGAGUUAAGUGAAUCAUUGUUUUCUCUCUAGGUUGAGAGGUAAUGAGCUCAGGCCCAGAAGAGGUGGAGGAGAUGACACAGCGAGAACCCCGGCUUACAUUCUGAUGAUGCCAAAAGUGCGGCUCAACUAUACUGGAGUAUUAUUGUUUAUAGCCAUGUCUGUUUGUAAUGUAUGCAACUUCUUUAGUAGCAUUUCCCCUAAAAUGGUAGUUGUGUUAUUUAUAGGUUAUUAUAUGUUUUACAUACAUUAUGGAUCAUGUUGGAUGUGAUGUUCUCUAUGAUGUAAACCGUGUGGGCAAGCUUGUUUUAUCCAUUCACAAUACGUCACAACUUCUGACCUGCUCUGCUACUACAAGCAGCUUGUUUGGUAGCAUUAUUUUCGUAUUAGUCAUUGUGAUAAGUGACACCAUGCUAUAUGCUACGGAACUGGUCUGACACUUGUUUUAUGUAAGUAUCAUUGUGUGUGAGCUUAUUGUUUCCGGCUAAUCUAUCAAAUAACAGUCAGGUAUUUGAACUGGUACAUCAGCAUUCUUAUGUACCCUACCCUAUUUUAAACUGACUGGCAGUGCCAGUAUGUUUGAUGACACGGGUUGAUUCAGCGGUGACAUGACUCUUAUUUUAUCAGUGAAUCACUAACAGUGAUUACAUUAGUCCUAUUGUGUCAGUGAUCUACGGUGGGGAUAGAAGGUCUUUUUACAUUAUGUCACCUUGCCUAUUGAGAAAUGUUAAUGUAGGCUAUUACAUUUUAAAGAUGCACUAUGCAGAAACCGCCAUUUGCUGGUUGCUAAAAUUCUAAUAGUUCGCUUAAUUUCAGUUUAUG